UUUACACAGCUACUCAGGAGAAACGAAAUGAUCUGCCCUGGAGCCGCAGCAAAAUGCUGGAUGGACACCUACUCCUGGGAUGGUUAUCGUUCACAGUUAUAGUGUAUCUUCUCAACUUGCCUGGACCGACCGCAGCAUAUUUCGGGUUGACAGGUAAUGAACCGUUGUCUAUCCUGCCACUGAACUCUCUACCAGAGGAGAACAUGGGCAGGGCCCACUACAAGCUGUGCGACCGGCUCAAACUGGAAAAGAAGCAGCGCAGGAUGUGCAGACGAGACCCGGGCGUAGCGGAGACCCUGAGAGAGGCCAUCACCAUGAGCGCCCUAGAAUGCCAGUAUCAAUUCCGCUUUGAGAGGUGGAACUGCACCUUAGAGGGGCGCCACCGAGCCAACAUACUAAAGAGAGGAUUUAAAGAGACAGCCUUCUUGUAUGCCAUCUCCUCGGCGGGCCUAACCCAUGCGAUGGCCAAAGCAUGCAGCGCAGGACGGAUGGAGCGCUGCACGUGUGAUGAAGCCCCGGACCUGGAGAACCGCAAGGCAUGGCAGUGGGGAGGCUGUGGAGACAACCUCAAAUACGCCAACAAGUUUGUUAAGGACUUCCUGGGCAAACGCUCCAACAAGGACCUCCGCGCACGCGUGGACAUGCACAAUACAAAUGUGGGCAUGAAGGUAAUCAAGGCCGGAGUGGAGACCACUUGCAAAUGCCACGGUGUCUCCGGCUCCUGCACUGUCCAGACCUGCUGGAGGCAGCUCCUGCCCUUCCACGAGAUCGGCAAGCAGCUGAAGCAGCGCUACGAGACCUCCGUCAAGGUCGGAAGCUCCACCAACGAGGCCACAGGGGAGGGAGAAAUCUCCACAGGCCGCAACCAGCAGCAGCAACAGCAGCCGCAGCAGCAGCCCCUGCCUGGCCUGAAUGACCAGAUCCCCCGCACUAUGGACUUGCUCCACAUCGAGGACUCACCCAGUUUCUGUAGACCCAGCAAGUACUCGUUGGGCACUGCAGCCCGAAAGUGCUACAAGGACAAGAACUGCGAUGCUAUCUGCUGCGGGCGAGGCCAUAACACUCAAAGCCGGGAGGUGACCAGGCCUUGCCAGUGCCAAGUGCGCUGGUGCUGCUACGUCGAAUGCAAGCAUUGCACGCAGAGAGAGGAGGUCUAUACCUGCAAAGGGUAACCCAGUCACCUGUCAGCCCCUAUUUGGCCUACUGACCAGUGGAGCAAGUGAAAGAUGAGAGAGGAGUCGUCAGUUUGUUCUCCAACAAGGUUUUUCUCCUGCUGUCAGAACAGUGUUCUACAAACAAAGGAGAGCGAGCCAAUGGAGAGGCAAUAAGCACUUUGAGGGAUUUCUGUGGGUUGGGGUUCAGAGGUCCUGUUGGGUUUGCAGAAUUAAAAACCUUCUCAGACAACUGGGUCAACAUCUCAAGCUUUUUUUCACGGCGCUGCCUUGAAGAGAGAAGCUUCUACUUUCCUAAUUAAAAAAAAAAUGUCCAACUGCAUCUUUUCACAAGAAAACAGAGAUUAGUGUCCAGUUAAAAGCGGAUCCAAGACAAGGACAGUAACACCUACAGACUGGUUUUAGGGCCUUGCCCAAAGAAGAAUGGUGUGUGUGUGUUUGUGUUUGUAUUUGUCACUCUUUUCGUGUGUUUGUAUGUGAGCAUUUAGUAGAUAGCGAGGGGGAAAAGGGGGGUUUGAAUGACGACUUCUAUGGCAACGAAAACCAUAUUCAGAGACUGCUACAAAAAGACAGGGUGUAAGAAUUACUCUACACGCACAUAUUUACACUCACACACAUUGUGUGUUUGCAUAUGUAUGUAAAUAAAUUCAGUUAUAUUGUAAUGAUAUUAUACAAGCCACUUAUCUUACUAUGUUAAAAACAAACCACUAACCACACAAAUCUUUCGUUGUUUGUGUGCUCUCGCUUGUUUUUCUUCGUAAUUUUUGACAAGGCCCUUUGGAAAGCAGCACACUUGUGUCCGUCGUCUUGCUGUGGAUAAUUUAUAGAUCCUUUGGGACUACUCCUUCACAGGGAGAAAAAAAUCUCAAUUCUUUUAAAACUUUUUUUUUGUAAUAAUAUAAUAUGAAGCUUUUAGGCGAUGCAUUAACAGAAAAUAACUAAACCAGUCAGUUUAGGCUAUUCUCGGCCUUGAGCGUACCAGUGUUCAGGGAAUAACUUAAACCACUAUUACUAUUUGGAAAAAAUGGAGAGAAAUAGUGCAAAUGCGAAUGAUAUCCAAGUUGGAGAUGACAGUGGCCUUGUUAUUAUAGCCAACUUCAGUGCAACAGGUGAUCACUUGACCAGCAAACGGUCCACGUGUAACUCAGAUCAAAAAAUUGUGGAGCUCUCUGGAGCUUAAAUCUACUUAUUAGGAUUUUGUUUAACUUUGGCUACUUUGAAGUUGUAAAGAAAACUGUGGAGAACUGGAGGAAUGUAGCCCCCUACCAUUUCACAUCCUUCUUUCCUCUUCAGCUGCCACGAUUUGAUUGAGCCAUAUUCAACAUGUAGACAUGCAGCAUGUACAGUAGGAACCGCGUCAGUCCAAAAAGUAUGGGGCAAAAGAGACGGAAAUCUAACUUGACAUGUCUGCAGAAUUGCUCAAGUGAAGAUAAAUGCGCAAGCUUCAUAGCUAAUAUAUAUUUUAUAAGACUAAUAUUUGUGUCAUGUUUAGCAAAUCUGCUGUCUUCAUUCAGAAGACAGUGAAGUUUUUAUAAUGCAUUAGUUGAUUUUUCACGUUUUAUACUUGUUGCCUGGCACACAGUGACACAGUUAACAUAAAGCAGCAUAAUGAACCCUGCCAUGUAACUACAGUGACAGUUAAAGACCAUGAAGAUGACACACAAACAAUGCAGACAAGAAUUCAUUGUAUUCUCAGCACUUAGCUUCUGGGAACAUUAUGUUAUAAUUCAUAAGAUAUAGGACCUUAUAUGCCUUGUUUUAGAUGGGUGUGAAUUAACUACUGAGUGAGGGACCCAGCUUUGUAAUAUAGCGCCAUUCACGCACUGAAGCCCCAAAGCCCUUUAAAGUAUUUAAAGAUCUGUAUUUAUCAAUACAGUGCAGUGCAGACUCUUUUUUUUAAAAAAAUGUAAAUAGCAAAGGUUUCUUCUCCUGUGGUAUAUAGACAAAAGUGAGGCACAUGUUUAAUCUCACAAGCAACAGAAAUUGGUAGCAAUAAGAAACGUUAGACAUUUGUGGUGGUGCACCAUAAAUACAGCGAACAACUGCUGUAGCAAGAUGGUUACAGAUUGUAAUCAGAGAUACUGCACCAUGCCAAACAUCCGAAAAAAAAAAGGCUUUUACCUUCAACAGACAGUUUAGUCUUUAAAGAUGAUUAUCACAAUAUUUGAAAUUAAACCACCUUCAGCAAAACCAUGCUUCAGGAAGAGAGCCUUGCAUGGGUUAUUUGUCCUGGGGAGAUGAAUUCCAAGCAUUUUGAUAUGAGGAGGCAUGCCAAAUAAAGACUGGUCAAAACAUAUACAUAGAACUUUGCACGCUACAUGGAAACCAUAAUAGCUAUGCUGAGACUCGAAGCAUAAAUGCCUGCUUCCCACAGCUUUUGGUGUGUGCGCUCUCAACACACUCCUCGGCCCAAAAACACUGAGGUUCUCUACUAUUGAAUGGACUCAAAACAGGCAUGACAGGAAUACCAAAUGCUCACCGAGUGCAUUUUUGUUUGUUUAUAGAUUGUAUAUAGGCCUGAAAUUCCUCCCGUGAAAGAGGAGCAUGAUGCAGCAGUCAGUCGGUUUUUAGAUGUUGUUGUCACACUCGUCCAUAUUCUCAAAUCCAAAACUCUGCACUGUUUAGUUGUCAGUGGAUCAUGUACAAAAUUCUAUUUUGUAGAAAAAAAAAUAAAAGAUAAAUUAUUUUUAAAUAUAUUAUGAGCAUGUGUUUAGUGUAAAUAACGUCAAAGUCUAAAUUGAUUUUAUAUCCUGUAUUUUUUACUCUGUUUUUUCUUUUUGGGUGUUUGUUCCUUUUGGGGUGGAGGCUUCAAGAAGCAGUGUAUACUUUAAACAUAUUUCAUUUCAUAUCUCAACAUUUGCUGUUAUCUAAGCACUAAGAAAUCCUAACAAAUUUAGAAAUCGACUCACAUUGAACUGGCUUUUAUUCAUGCGCACGAUCACGAGACAUUUCUGCAAGUAUUCAAACAAAAUCACAGUCAUCAACGAUAUUUUUUAUAGCAUUUGAUCUGUUUGUAUAAUCUUCUAUUUUGUGAAAAGGCUCUUGGCUUUGUAAUGUUGGUUAUCACCAUAUGAUACGGUAUAAACUGCUAAUGUUGAUGAUUGUGUCACUUUUACAUGUACAAGUACUUUUUGUUAGGAUUUGUACUGUGCUUGUAAAACAAAGAUGAAAACACACAACUGUGUAUUGCCCUUUGUGAUGAUACUACACCAACAAAGCUUUGUCCAUGUUCACUUAUUCAUGUCUUAUGGGAACCCUAAAUUAUUUUCCUCUACCUCAUGUGUAUAGCUUGUAGGUAUAAACAGAUCACAAAUGACUGGUAAGAAUGUAUUUAAGUUAUUUAACAUCUUUGUAUAACAAAGGCGAAA